AUGGAGAGAAAGAACGGGGCCGUCGACGUCUCGCCUUUCUUGCUCAUGGAAGCCACCGGCGAUUCGGAGGAGGACGUCUCCGAUCCCGCCAUAAUGCGAGAUCCCAGCCUCGCUGGUAGCAAGGCGUACGACGGAGGUGAUGGCGAUGGCGAUGGCGGCGGCGACGACGACGAGGACGCGGAAUCUUGCUGCAGCGAGUGGUCUUCUUACAAGUCGUAUAAUGACCAAGAUGUUCGAGAUUUAGACGGCGGCGACGCCGAAGCAUGCGACGGAGCGGACUGGAGCGAUCGAUGGAGGUGGAAGCGCGAAACGGGGAAUAGUGAACGUCUCGAGCAGCAAUGGUGGUCGGAAGCCAAGGAGCCGUGCGUUUCAGAGGAAGUCAAUAGUUUCGACGACGGCAAGAAGAUUAACAAGAAGCCUAGUGGGAUUGCGCCAAGCGAAGUGCAUCUAAGUGAGAUGGAGAAGAGUAGGUUGUUUUGGGAGGCCUGCCUAGCAUCGUAA